CGGUGGGUGGUGCUGGUCACGCCAGUGUUUGGGGUCCGGGCGCCGCAGCUGCGAGCAGGCCGGGCGGGCGGAUGCGGGCCUCGGCGCUGGCGGGAGGCGAGUGGCGGCCGCGGCGCCCGUGACUACUGCCUGCGUCCCGGUAAGACCAUGAAUUAUGGAAUUUCUUAAAUGAAGCAUUCAGGAGUGGAAUGAGAGAAUGUCACGUAGAUAAUAAAUGAUUUUUAAGUUAUGUCUAUUAAUUUGACUCUAGAUAUAUAUAUUUACUUCCUUAAUAAUGCAAGAAGUCUUUGUGGGAAACAGAGAAGCAAACAGUUGCAUUUUGUGUGUUCUAAACAGUAUUGGCGCAUGAACCAUGUCAGUGUGCACAGAGAGUUUCACACAAGUAAGAGAAGCUGUAAAUGGAAUAGACGUGAAGCACAUUGCAGCAAACACUGGCACUCUCCAAGCAACCAUGGCUCACACAUUGGAAUUGUGACACUUAGCACUUCUGCUCCCAAGGGACUUACAAAAGUGAGCAUUCAUAUGUCCCGUAUUAAAAGUACUUUGAAUUCAGUUUCAAAGGCUAUUUUUGGCAGUCAAAAUGAAAUGGUUACACGGUUAGCUCAAUUUAAGCCAAGCUCUCGAAUAUUAAGAAAAGUAUCAGAUAGGGGAUGGUUAAAACAAAAAAAUGUUAAGCAAGCCAUCGAAUCUCUGAAAAACUAUAGUGAUAAAUCAGCAGAAAAGAAUUCUUUUGCAGAACAGAAAAGUUACUUUGCAGAUAAAGAAGAUUCAGGUAAACACAGCCUUUUCCAUUACACAUACAGUAUAACCACAAGAUUUGGAGAGUCAUUCUCCGUUUUAGCGAAUCAUAUUAAUUCAUAUUUCAAAAGCAAGGAAAAAAUGUCUCAAACAAAGGAAGAUAAACAGCUUCAGGACAAACCAGACCUUGAAGAAAGGAAAUCCAGUUCUCCGGGCCCUGACAGGCCAGACUCGGAAUCUCCCCUACAUGUUGAAGACAAACUUUCCAGCCCGACCCAGAUGCCUGAGGCUCACCCAGUGUCUGCAAAACAAAGUAUUGCUAACUUCCUUUCUCGUCCCACUGAAGGCGUCCAAGCCUUAGUCGGUGGUUACAUUGGUGGACUUGUACCCAAAUUAAAGUCUGAUCCCAAGAGUCCGCCUGAAGAACGGGAAGAGCCUGCUAAAACAGCGCAGGCUGUUACCAAAGACAAGAAGGCAGAGGAGAAAAAGCGUGUGUUACUUCAGCAAGAAAAGAUUAUUGCAAGAGUGAGUAUUGAUAACAGAACUCGAGCCUUAGUUCAGGCCUUAAGAAGAACAGCCGACCCAAAACUCUGUAUUACUAGGGUUGAAGAACUGACUUUUCAUCUUCUAGAAUUUCCUGAAGGAAAAGGAGUGGCUAUCAAGGAGAAAAUUAUUCCAUAUUUAUUACGGCUGAGACAAGUUAAGGAUGAAACUCUUCAGGCUGCAGUUAGAGAAAUUUUGGCUUUAAUUGGUUAUGUAGAUCCAGUGAAAGGCAGAGGAAUCCGAAUCCUCACGAUCGAUGGCGGAGGAACAAGAGGUGUGGUUGCUCUUCAGACUCUGAGGAAGUUGGUUGAACUUACUCAGAAGCCGAUUCAUCAGCUUUUUGAUUACAUCUGCGGUGUAAGCACAGGGGCCAUAUUGGCAUUUAUGCUGGGAUUGUUUCACAUGCCACUGGAUGAAUGUGAGGAACUCUAUCGAAAGUUGGGCUCAGAUGUGUUUACACAGAAUGUCAUUGUCGGGACCGUCAAAAUGAGUUGGAGCCAUGCGUUUUAUGACAGUAACACGUGGGAAAAGAUCCUUAAGGAUAGAAUUGGAUCUGCACUAAUGAUUGAAACAGCAAGAAACCCUGCAUGUCCUAAGGUAGCUGCUAUAAGUACCAUAGUAAACAGAGGACAAACACCAAAAGCUUUUGUGUUCAGAAACUAUGGUCAUUUUCCUGGUACCAACUCUCACUAUUUAGGAGGUUGUCAGUAUAAAAUGUGGCAGGCCAUUAGAGCCUCAUCAGCUGCUCCAGGCUACUUUGCAGAAUAUGCACUGGGGAGUGAUCUUCAUCAAGAUGGAGGUUUGCUUCUGAACAACCCGUCGGCCUUGGCCCUACAUGAAUGUAAAUGCAUCUGGCCAGAUACCCCACUAGAGUGUAUAGUAUCCUUGGGCACAGGACGGUAUGAGAGUGAUGUGAGGAAUACCUCAACGUACACCAGCCUGAAGACCAAGCUCUCUAAUGUUAUCAGCAGUGCUACGGAUACAGAGGAAGUCCAUAUCAUGCUUGAUGGCCUGUUACCUUCUGACACGUAUUUUAGAUUUAAUCCUGUGAUAUGUGAAAACAUCGCCCUAGAUGAAAGCCGGGAUGAAAAACUGGACCAGCUUCAGCUGGAGGGGAUGAAGUAUAUAGAAAGAAAUGAUCAAAAGAUGAAAAAAGUUGCAAAAAUAUUAAGUCAAGAAAAAACAACUCUUCAGAAGAUCAAUGAUUGGAUAAAAUUAAAAAGUGACAUGUAUGAAGGCCUUCCAUUUUUUUCAAAAUUGUGAGUGGGGUACACAUGUGUUCUCAUAAAUGAAGGCCAUCAAAAGAUCCACCAGUUUAGAGAGGAACGGUGUGAUUCAACAGGAGUUUUCUGUAGGACACUUAAUGAAUUAUCCUGAAUCAGAUAAUGUUUUGAACAGCUCAAUCCUCAUGGAAGAUAUGAUUGGUAACACAAGUUAUGUGGGAAUUAGGUAUUAAGAUGUUCAUAACCUUUAGGCAUUUGAUUACUGUGCUAGUUGAUUUUAGUAUCUACUGGUCUUAAAUUGUUUACUGUUUGAAAAUGUAUUAAUAUAUGUGCCAAACAAGAAAUGGGGGAUGUUACACUUUAGCCUUUGCUUUUACUCAUUUCAAUCAUGGGGAAUUUGUGUGACUUGAUUUUCAUUCAUGUCAAAAAGGUGAUUUCUCUUUACAUUUACACUACUUAGCAUUUUACUAGGUGCACCCACAAUCCAUGUGUUACUUUUCACUGUAAUAAUCACUGAAAAGGAUAAAGGAAAUGGGAUUUUCUUUAUUAAAGUACAUUUAUGUUUGAAACAUGAAAAAACUGGACACAGUUUUCUAUUCAAAAAGAUUGAAGCAUUUCCAGUGAACUAACUUUUUCUUGAAAUUUCAAGAUAAUGUUCACUUUUGUAGAUCGAAUACUUUUACCAUUUACUGUUAGAGUUAAUUAUUCAAUUUUACUGAAAAAAUAUUCUUAUCAUUAACAAAAAUAAAUUAUUGAAGUGACCAAUUGUUCAAGGCUAAUGCCAUUUUAACGUUUUUAUUUUAAUUGCUCAUAAUGGUUUCUUGUAGCAUUUAUAAAGAAAUGUUAGUCUAGUUAGAUUUACAAAAGUUGAACAUGGUGCCAUAGGUCAAGUAAUCUUCACUGUAUUAUUUCCCUUGUAAAUCUUUAUAUUGAAUUGAAAAUUUUUAUGAAAAAUUAA